CUAAAUCAUAAUAAUAAUCAUGGAGCAGUCAAUGUCACAAUUUGCAAAAGAAGCUCUAAGUAAUUUAAAGAACAGCUUCUUAAACAGUAGAAGAUAUUAUGCUCAAAUGGACCAAGAAUCGGAGAAUGAAGAAGAUAUAACAAUGUCCCAUAGUCUAUUUUAUUCGAUAUAUGAUAAUAAUGCGGAUAGUAUACCUUUGACUUUAUCAAACCCCUAUUCAGAUAGAAGUGAAUUGUUAUUUGAACAUGAAGAUUCUAGUCAUACUAAUAAUCAGGAUGUUGAUGAUGAUGAUGAUGACGACGACGACGACGAUGAAAGUCCAAAACCUUCAGCUAUUUACCUUGAUCAACCAACCACUUUUAAUCAUUUUCCCAAAGCGCUAUCUGAAUCAUUAUUACCGACUUCAACUGCAAUUCCACUUGGAAUUAAACCAUUAUCGACAAAAAUGAAAGAUAGUAGAAAAUAUAGGGAUCCAAUAUUCGCUGCAUUAUAUACCUUAUGUCUUGCCAUAUUCUUAUUGUCGAGUUUUAUAGUACUAUUUACAACUAAUAGUCGUGAUAUAGAAGAUUAUAUUAAAGGAUCCACGUUUAAAACAAUAAAAGAUAGUGCAGGUGUAUUAUCUGUUAUCAUUAUUACUGCUUUAAUGAUUGGUACUUUUUGGUUAUAUAUUUUACGUAUCUUUACAAAGACAUUUGUAUGGGGAACUGUUGUGUGCGUGCCAAUUAGCUUAACUACCAUCUUUAUUUGGACAUUAGUAGAAUCUUUACAAAACUAUUAUAUUUAUGAAGGUGAAAAAGAAGUAUCUAUUACCACAAAAGACACAGGAUUGACUAUAAUGUCGUUUAUUCCACUCAUUUUAAACUUAAUUUAUAUCAAGCUUAUAUUUGAUUAUAGGCAUAGAAUUAACAAAACAAUAUCUAUAAUAGAACUUUCGUGUGAUGUCAUAAAAUAUAAUCCUGGUGUUAUUCUUGUAUCCUUUUUACUCGUAAUUAUAUUUGUUAUCUUUUCUAUUAUUUGGAUUAUCUUGUUUACUCGCUUAUGGUUAAUUGGUCAUUUGAGUGAUAAAUCAUCUUUAUCAGGACCUGUUUGGAUUGUAAAUAAUUAUGUAUAUUCAUUAGCAGCGUUUUAUAUAUUUAUAUACAUGUGGACAGCUAGAUUAUUGAUGUAUAUGGAAAGAUUUAUAUUAUCAGCUAUUACCGCACAAUGGUAUUUUCAUCGUCAGGAACCGAUGAAUAAUAAGCCGUGGAAAAUAGCAUUUGUAAGGGCAACAAGUACUUCAUUUGGUACAUUGGCUUUGGCUAGUUUAAUUUUAGCUAUUAUUCAGUUUUUACAACUUGUAGCUAGUUUAAUGAGAAAGUAUUCAAAGACUUCUAGACCAUUUGCAAAUGUAUUAAGUUUUAUAUUGAGAUAUAUUGAUAUUCUUGUCAGUGCAUUUAGUAACUAUACAAUUUCUUUAACUGGGAUUACUGGUGAAGGUUUCUUUGCUGCUGCUCAAUCUGCAACAAAAAUAUUUAGGCGUAAUUUAUUGACAGGUGUCUUUGGUGAUCUAUUAACUCAACUUAUGUUGUAUAUUGGUGCAAGUAUAAUUGCCUUAACAUCUGGUUUUAGUGCUUAUGUUUAUGCUACACAUAAUCUUCAUUCACCACAUGGAUUUAUUGUCGGUCUUAUAGGAACACUUAUACCAUGGUAUAUGUCUCAAUUCUUUUCCUAUAUUAUGAUUAGCAUUAUAGACGCAACUUUCCUUUGUUAUGCUAUUGAUUUAGAUGCAGGCACAGUGCAUUUAUCCGCAGCUCAUACAGCUUUCUCAGGAUUUGAUUAAAAUAAUCUUUUAUACCAUUUUCAUAUUAUUAUUUGUAUAUAUAUCAUGUAGUAUUUGUAUACAUUUACAGUAGCACUAUUUAUUUAUUUAAACAUACAUAUUCGAUUAUAAAUAGUAAUUUAUACAUUCUUCUUAUCACAAGUGAAACUUUUGAGAUUCUUGUCUGUUUUUCACUCUCCUCCUAGAUAGUUCUUUCUUUAUUAUUUUAUCAAUGAAAUCAAUUUGUUAAAAUACUUUUACAAUGCUGCUAAUAAAAUUUAAAAGUUC